AUGCCGCCUCGCCUCGCCACGAGGCGAGGCGAGACGAAGCGGGAAAACUCGGCGAGUCUCGGAUCUCUGAUCUCAAAUGCAUCAGCUAUUGAUAAUGACUUAUGGUUAGCUGAACAUGUAUCUACAUUUAUCAAUCUUCGUCAUUUAUCUUUAAUUGACAUUAAACGUUCUUCUUUUGAAUUGAUUCUCAAUUUAUUGCCACCAAUGAAUUCUCUCAUCAUAUUUAGUAUGCACUUUCCAACAACUGAUCGUGCUGCAUAUACGUAUAUAGGUGUGCCUGAAGGCGCAUAUUAUGAACGAAUUUUUCACUUAUUUCCUUCAUUACGUGUAUGUCAUCUGCGUUUUUGGCGAUACAUACAUUAUAUUCUCGAUACUGAACUCGUUCUACCAUUUGAAAGAACCUUUAUGCCUAUUCAAACUAAUCUUUUAAACAUACGAUCACUUGUACUUCGACAAUGCUCACCAGGCUCUCUAUCAUAUUUAUUUCAGCAUCUUCCACAAUUGGAAAAAUUCAGUUUUGAACGGAGUGCUCCUUGGCUACCUCCUAAACAUCCACUAAAACAAGAUCAUAACAAUCGAGUUAUUCCCAUUAAUAGACAUCUUGCUCCGAAUCUACGUUAUCUUAAUAUAAAAUGGAAUGACUGCAUCAUGAAUGUGAAAUCAAUUAAUGAGUUAUUUGAACGUGAUGUUUUAUUUUCACUAACGAAUUUCAUAUUAGUGGCACAUGUGAAUGGUCCCUAUGUUCUUCACAAUUUAUUAUCGAUGCUUUCCAGUCAAUGUUUAUAUUCGUUUUAUGUUAUCUGGUCUGUGGCAAUUGUAAUGAUACCACUAGAAACAAAUAAAAUCUUAUCCGACACAUUUGAACAGCUCAAAGGACCAGUGCCAAUUGAAUUAAAACUAUCUUUCGAAGAAAAUAUGUAUUCUAUUACAGCUGUAACAUUACCAAGAAUGGAGAAAUAUUUCUGUAUCCAUUCUUAUCUACAUAAUAGUGUGCAUGGACACAGUCGAUGGUCAUAUGAUAAACGUGCCUUGAACAGUCAGUUGCUUCGAUGCAAUACGAUUCGUAUGAGUGACAAUUAUGAUCAAAUCAACGAUGAGUUUCUUUAUUUGUCACCAUCUAUCGUUCCUUGGCAUCAAGUCAUAUCGCUUAUUAUUGCUCAACCAUUCAAUUCAAUUCAUCUUCACUUUCUCUUUUCACAACUGACUAAUCUACGUAUUCUAGAACUGCAUUACCGAUCAGAAUAUGCUAGUCAAAUUAAUUUAAAAGAGGAAAUAUUAAUUGAUCUUCUUAACGAUGCUUCUUUGUGCAAUAUGCUUAUGUCAAAUGGAUUACGACAACUCAAUCUUAUUACUUUUUGGAAUCAACCAAAUUUGAUAAAUAUUGCCUAUUUAAUUGUCGAACGAUUACCAUAUUUGCAAGUCAUAUUACUAGAUGGUAAUAGCAAUCAAUUCAUUAAAAUGUCACAUAUACUUAUCAAUGGUCUUUCAAAAUUAAAUUUUCUCACAAUUAUUGGUUGUAUUAAAUAUGGUAAACUUUAUGAGAAAAAAUUACGCAAUCUACAGAAUUCAAUUACCUCUUCUUUUCGAACAGAAGUUCCUAACACAAUAGAUGAAGAUACACUUUUUGUAUGGUUAUAA